AUUCUUUGUAAAUUAUCUUUUUUUACUUAAAAACACUUUUUAUGACUCAUUUAUCAAUAAUUAUUAUGUACACAUAAAGAUUAUAGUAUAUCAAAUAUCCUCAAACACGAAGUGUGUCAUUCAGAUAUGAUAUAGAAUUCAUAAAUUGUAAAUAAACUGUUGCUUUUUUAAAACAAAAAUGAUAGCACCAGCUGAAGGUUCCACCAAUAAUGAACCUUUAGUGAAUAAUUCCAGUAGUUUAAGGAGACGAAUUUCAGGUCUUUUUAACAGAGAUAGUAGUAGUCAUGGAAGUAAUAGCGGGAUGGGAUAUGUGGAGUUUGGAACAUUCUCUGAAGAGUCUACCACUAGGACCUUGGGAACAUUUGCGGGAGUAUUUUGUCCAGUUACUUUGUCUAUGUUCUCAGCGCUCAUAUUUCUGCGAAUGGGUUACAUUGUAGGGAACGCAGGUUUGCUGGUGACGUUGACCCAGUUUGCAAUCGCAUAUGGUAUUUUAGUUUUUACUGUUAUGUCAAUUUGUGCUAUAUCUACAAAUGGAGCUGUUGAAGGAGGCGGUGCAUAUUUUAUGAUAAGCAGGACACUAGGGCCCGAGUUUGGGGGAUCAAUUGGUACAUUAUUUUUCUUUGCAAACAUUGUUAGCAGUGCUCUUUAUAUAUCUGGUUGCGUGGAAGGUUUAAUAGAAUUUUUUGGACCCUCAGGUUAUUUGGUAGCUGGUGUCAUUGAGAAAGGUAGAUGGUAUGGAUUCCUGUAUGGAACUUUAUUAAAUAUUUUAAAUCUCUUUAUAUGCCUCAUUGGAGCUUCGAUGUUUGCAAAGACUUCUCUAUUUAUAUUGGUGCUGGUGUGCAGCUGCUUGGGAAUUACAUUUUUCAGUUUUUUCUAUGAGGGCUUUUUGGAGGUUCCCAUCCCUGAUACAAAUACAUUGAUUCAAAAUGCCACGAUGCCUGUUACGAGAAAUUAUACUGGGCUUUCUAGUGCUACAUUUAAUAGCAAUUUGUUUCCUCAAUAUGGACAAGAUUAUACUGCCAAAGGAGAGCUAACUUCCUUUGCGACAGUAUUUGGUGUUUUGUUUUCUGGAGUUACAGGAAUCAUGGCUGGGGCCAAUAUGAGCGGUGAGCUGAAAAAUCCGGGAAAAUCCAUCCCGAGAGGAACUCUCUCCGCUGUAGGCUUUACGUUCAUCAUUUACAUCUUCAUAUCCUUUCUAACUACUGGUACCUGCACAAAAGAGCUAUUGCAAAACAAUUACGUAUAUAUGGCUGGAGUAAGCGCUUUUCCUGCAAGUGUGGCUAUUGGAUUAAUCACCGCUACGUGGUCUGCCAGCCUUAGUAACAUCAUAGGCGCUUCUAGGGUUGUUGAAGCUCUCUCGAAGGAUAGAAUUUUUGGUCCAAUCUUAAACUUUAUACCAAAAGGUACAUGGAAAGGAAAUCCAAUAGCAGCAGUGGUGCUCUCAGCAGUACUGGUCCAGUUCAUCCUUCUUAUCGGUUCUCUUAACAUCAUCGCCCAAUUGAACUCGGUUCUGUUUCUGUUGAGCUAUUUGGCUACGAAUAUAGCCUGCUUGGGACUAGAAUUAGCAGGUGCUCCAAACUUCCGUCCGUCGUUUAUGUACUUUACGUGGCACACGGCUCUCUUGGCGUUCUUGGGGACGAUGAUCAUGAUGUUCGUGAUAAGUCCCAUCUAUGCAGCCAGUAGCAUACUGCUGUGUUUGAUAUUGGUGAUCGCUCUGCAUCUGUUUUCGCCCUCCAAAGAAGCUCAGUGGGGAAGUAUAUCACAAGCUUUGAUAUUUCACCAGGUACGAAAAUAUUUAUUGCUAUUGGAUUCUCGUAAAGAUCAUGUAAAGUUUUGGCGUCCACAAGUUCUCCUAUUGGUAAACAGUCCACGAUCAUCCUGUCCUCUCAUAGAUUUUGUCAACGAUCUCAAAAAGGGUGGCUUGUAUGUUAUAGGUCACGUUGAAACAGGAGAAAUGAGCGAAGAAGGCGUUGAUCCGACUUUAAAUCAGGCACCCCAUUGGUUGACGUUAGUUGAUCACCUCAAGGUAAAAGCUUUCAUUGAAUUAACUGUGGCCAAAACAGUUCGUGAGGGACUACAACAUUUGAUGAGACUAUCUGGUAUGGGAGCGAUGAAACCAAACACUGUAAUUCUUGGAUUUUUGGAUAAUGAAGAAUCUCAAGAUUUUUUGCGAAGUACUGACUCAAUUUAUCAAAAUCAUGACUUUGAAAACGACGUGUUCCCUCUCAAGACACAAAGUACGGUGCAACCUUUAGAAUAUGUCCAGAUGAUGCGAGAUGUGCUUAGGAUGAAUAAAAAUUUGUGCUUAUGUAGAAAUUUUGUUAGACUGAGAAAAGACGCAAGAAGUGUCAGAAACAAAAUGUAUAUCGACGUAUGGCCUGUCAACUUUUUAAAUCCAGGAGAAAACGACUCAUUUGACACUACGUCCCUGUUUAUGAUGCAACUGGCUUGUAUUGUCAACAUGGUACCAGUUUGGAAAAAAUUAAAACUAAGAAUAUGUAUUUGUGACGAAGCUCGGUCCAGCUAUUUUACAUCAUCCAUAUCACUAAGCCAUUCCGAACGACUGGAAACUCUCUUGAAAAAAUUGAGAAUCGAGGCAGAACUUUUCCGGGUAGAUGGUUGGAAGACAGUUCUUGAAUCGCACGGUACCGAAGAGGAACGAUACCCGAAGAGUGUCAAUACUUUAAUUCUUCAACAAACAGCAGAGACGGCUGUCACUUUCAUAUACCUUCCAGCACCGCCGACAGAUAAUACCAAACUGGUUUCUUUUUACAACAAUUUAGAAAUAUUUUCGAGAAAUCUGCCGCCCACCAUAUUCGUUCAUGGUGUCAGCACGGUGACGUCAACUACCUUAUAAUAGAGGGACAACAUUAGUAUUAGCAACGAAUGUAGACGCAUAUAGAAGGAUUCUUCACUGUCAUUUCUUAGUAAAGUAAGUCAGGAACAGUUGAGGAACUACCACUACGGAGUAUGCAUGUGAUCUCUCCUUCAUCACUGCGAACGCAGCAUCCCUAGCCUAGUGGUGAAGGGAAGAUUAGGUACGUGCGCACUUCGUAGUGGUGGUUCCCCAACUGUUCCCGACUUGAUUUACUAAAUAAUUACACUUUAAAAAAAAUUUCUACUACCACGUUUUUAUUAUUUCUAGUACAUAAUAUAAAAUUAUACACUACAGUGGAACCUCGAUAAGUCGGAUUAAUCGGGACCGCGGCCUAUCUGGGUUAUCAAAAAUCCGGGUUAGCCGGAGAAUAUGGUAAAAAUUAAUAAAAUUCAGUAUACUUAUAGAUAAACUCCAUUAUAAUUGCAAAAACAUGAAAUACAUAUAUGCACAGUACAUCUAAAUUAUGUACAGUUGUAUGCAGUAUUGUUCAUUUCUUGCUGAAAAACUGUCAAACUGAAAAAAUGUGUCUCUUGUCUGAUGAAAAUCAGUCUGGGUUAGCCUGACUUUCGGGUUAUCGGAGGCCGACUUAUCGGGGUUCCACUGUAUUUAGUUGUUUCAAUUCCUAUGUAAUGAAAGAAUUUUGUAAUCAAUUUUAAACUCAUAUAUCUAAAUAAAAGAAAAUGUUUAAAAUGGUAAAAAAUUAAUGAAACAUGUUUCGAUAGAAUAAUUGUGAUAUACCUUAAUAUACAGUCCGUCUAAUUUACUUAUCGUUGCACGUCAUUAUCUACGUUAGAGAUCUAAGUUGACAUUGUUGCCCAAUUACAAAAAAAUCUUGAAUUCAUUUUAAAACAAAUACAUUACAUAAUUUUUGCGGAAGUGGAUUAUACAGCAAAACAAAUUAAUAUUCAAUGUAAAUAAAUAAAAACUUGAGAAAUAGAAAACAAGAAUUAAAUUAUAAUCUUAGGUUAAAGUACAUAAUAAAAUAAGUAAAUAUAAUAAAACAAAUACUUAUAAUAAAGAAUAAAAACAAAUAUAUGAAGUGUCAUCACCGCAACUGUCAAAUAAAUGUUACCAAUUUAUGCCAAAAUAUCACCUUCGUUCGAUUACAGUUACAGUAUGUUCUGAACAAAUGUGUUUCAUAAAAACGCUUUAUAAUCCGUUUAUACAAAUUAAAUGAAACAUACUAUUGUGUAUUUCUUUAAGUUAACAGUAAUAGAAAUCUGUAAAUAUUAUUUCUACGCGUACAUAAUAAAAUAUGUCUAGUGGCUGUAAUUCCAGUGUACUCGGCAAAAUGAUUCUAAAAAAGAACACAUCUACCGCCUAAAUAUUUCGUGUUGGUAUCAUGUGACGUCACGGGCUAUGACGCGGAUGACGUGCAACGGUAAGUAAAUUAGUCGGAGUAUAGCUAAUAUUAUAUUAUUAACUUAAUAUGAAUUUUUAUUAUAAUAACUUUUAAUUAUUUAUUAAAAAAAUAAAAAAAAUAUGAAAAACCCGGGUUUGAACCUUGGACCUCUUUGCAGUCCAAUGCUCUACCACUGACCUAUAAUAUCCGCUAUGGACUAAUGUACUUUACAACGGGAUCUAAAUGGCAUUGCAUUAUUUGCAUUUAAAAUUGCUUUAAAUUCAAAAUAAAAGUCAAUGUAUCUAGAUUUACAGGUGUUGAAUAUUGCAUUAUCAUCGAGUUCUGAGCUAUUCUGAAAAUUUCAGAUGUCUAGCUAGUGGAGAAGUAUGUUUAAAAUCGAUCACAAGAUUUCCCAGACACCGUGACAAAAAGACUGACAUUUUAAAAAUGACAUUGAAGAAAUUGUUCUACAUGCGUCUAUAUUCGUUGGUAUUAUAUUAGAUUUAUUUGAUAUUUUAGGUAAUGACAAUUUACGAUCUUUUAUUAUUUGAGAUUUUUUAAAUAUCAGCGACUUUACGGAUAUCAACAACACUGUUUAGAAUAAAGUAAAAAAUGCUGAAGUGUCAAAUGAAUUAUAAGGAGCCAUCGAACAAAAAAUCGUAAUUAAGUGCGUGGCAUUUAUGUCAUUAUCAUUGUCAAUAUAAACGUUGCUUAUAAAAAGAUUGUCUACUCAGUUCGCUCAUCUCAGAUCUAACGUAAAUUCUCGUAAAUUUAGUAAUUCAUUCGUUCCUUUGUUUUCUGGUGUAGCACUAUGUAAUCUUAUAAAACCCUAAUACGACAAGUCACGCAGUCUGUCCGGUGCGGUUUCGAUAUGUUGACAUUAAAUGACGUUUAAUAAUCGUUAUUUUAUUUUGUUAUAUCUUUUUUAUAACAGCUCCAGAAUGACUGAAUCGAAUUAGCUAAUUUCGAUUUUAAACCAUUUGUAGAAGUAUAAGGAAAGUUUAAAAGGUGAGAAAAUGUGAUGAAGUUGUAAAGAAAAUACUAAAAACAACAAUUUUAUUGUCAUAUAUACACAAUUAUAUUAUACUCCUUUAGAUUUACGCAACAUAAAACUGCGGCUAACUUAGGAUAUAUUUACUUUUUCACGUUUCCCGCAAAAUCCAUGUUUUUGGCACUUUGUUUGAUCUUAAUAUGGUAUUUAGAAUUGUUUCAUUAAAUGUAUAAUUAUUACAAUGUAUUGCAUUAACGCACAAACUUGAAUUUUCAACUUUAUCGCAAAAAAAUGUUGAAAAAUAGUUUUUAUUAUUUUAAGUAAACAAUGUAUUAAAAUUAUUUUUAAUUAUAAACAUAUUUUCUGUAUAUUAAUUUUCGAUAUUUUCAAAAAUAGAGAUAUUCUUAAGCAACUAUCACAUUUUUUACAUACUUCCUAUACAACUAAUAAAAUUUGAUAUCUGAUGAGAUUGUAAAGAUUUUCUUCCUUAGACUUCUACAAAUAUUUCAAAAUCAAAAGUAGCCAAAUCGAUCCAGUCCUUCUCGAGUUGUAAAAUAAAAACAAUAUAAAAAUAAGAGUCAGAAGAAAAUGGACGGUAUCAGAAAAAAUUGAAGGAAUCAGAAAAAAGUAAUUUUAGAAACUAAACCUGAAUUGUUAUAACCGAAACUUAAAGGUUAACUAGACUAGAACGUUCCUUUGCUUAGUGACAGCCAUGAUUGUCGUUUGACACUAGCCAGUGUAGCCAACACCCAAAUACACUUGACAGUGCUACACUAAAAAAUAAAGGAACACAUUUUUUACUCGAUAAUUAAAUUGUAGCCAACAGGCAGUGACUGGAAAUUACUAUAUUGUCCUUCUCAUAGGCAUUUUUUGUUCAUUCAAAAGGUGGCAAAGGUAAGUCCGUGAUUUAUAACAUUUAUUCUAACAUGACAUUUUAGUUAAAUCUGACAGUUGUCAAAUUUUAUUUGCAAUUUGGCAUAAAAACAAAUCAAUUGUGUUAAUUGCAUUUAUAAAAUGGUAUUUUCUUUGAUUUGUAUAGUCUUAUAAAUUGUACAGAUUAUAUUCGUAGAUAUAUUAUAUAAUUCAUAAAUAAUUUUUUUUCGAUUAUAGCGCCAUCUAUCGACAACUGGAAUAAAUGUUAUAAAUGUCUGUAAUCACGUACGUGCCUUUUUUCUGUCACUUACAACUUAAUGCGUUAGAAAGAAAUCGAAAAACUGACACACUGAAAGAUACCCAUGAGAAAAAGCAUACAACCAAGCAUACAUGCUCAUAUCUCAUAUUUAAAUAAAAUAAUUUUCACAUACAGUUUAUUAACAAAAUAAAACUCCAUCAGUUAAAACAAAAAUUUAUUUUGAAAUUUUACUGUCUUUUAUGGAUUAAAAAUAACAAAUGGAAAGUUUUUAAUGAAAAUUAAUGAAUACACACCCCCAUUAUUAAUCAUUCUUCUUCAAUAUUAAGAGAUUGGAUUUUUUCUAUAUUGUGUGUUUUUGGCAAUGAAUCUGUCAAAAUAUUUCCAAGCUGAGCGAACGGACUAUAUUUAAUUUUUUAUUAAAAACUGGUAAACAAAUAAGUUCAAUUAUGUAUAUGUCAGUCUGUACCGCGUUUUUUAUUCCAUAUACCACUCUAAUUACGUCGUUUUGUGAUGGUUCUAUAGAUAUUAGAUAUACCUUAUUUACUUUGAAUAGAUUGUAGAGAUUAAGCUCGGGUCUCAUAUUAUGGAAGGAUUAUUCAUGACACAAAGAAUAGCCAGAUGCGAACAUUUAUGUCCCAAUUUAUCCAAAAUAUGUGUUAACGAGUUUUAAAUAGGAUAUUUUGUACAACAUUAUAGUUGUCAAUAUAUUCUAAAAAAAUAAAUACUUUUUUUUCUCUAUUUAGAUACGUGAAAUCAACAAGAUUUGUAAAGUUUUGUUGUUGAAUAUAUUGUUUGCAAGUAUUAAGGUACGUAUCCAUACAAGGGUGAUCCGCGCUUGGUGUACCAGCUCCACAUAGUGAAUACGUUGGUGAUCGCCGCUCGGCGCUCACCCUCUUCGAUUCAACCGGUUUGUGGUUUAUAUGUAGGGGAGCGCAUGCCGUAUCCAUUUAAGCAGCUACACCGAGCGCGGAUCACUCUUGUAUGGAUACGUACCUUUAUAUGUCUUCGUCUAUUGUUAUUAAAUAAGGUAUAUAUUGAAUGUCAUUAAAACGUGAUAAAAGUAUUAUGAGCCAAAAUGUUAAAAGAUUAAUUGGUUAAAUCUGACAUUUAAGUUUAAAAGUUUAUAGUUUAAGUUUUAAAAUAGUUGGUUAUAAUGUAGUAGCGACAUUGGCAAUUUAAAGUACAGUUGAGUCCGCGAGUCUUUACCCGUGCGUCAUUAAUACCUGGUGAGAUAAAACAUACUUUUUAUUUAGCAUCAUUCUCUUCCACGCAUGAAAUUAAUGACAAACCAGCUGCCGCCUGUUAAUUAAGUAAAAACACAUGUUAUUUUUAUGAACGAUUUAAACUCAGUGUAUUGAAAAGAGAUAGGUACAAAGAAAGAUGAUUGGGGAUGUCUUCACAUAUUUUAAGUACAAUUUCUGACGUUUUGGUUUGUUUACUUUUGUGGUUGUCAGUUUGUUGAAUUUUUUGCUGUUGUUUUGUCGAAUUUUUGCAUUUUGAAGUUUUUUAUAGUAUACAAACAGUUGUUUUCACAACUAAUUUUAUAUUGGAGUUAGAAAUUUUGUGAUAAGUUUAUGUUAUUUUAAGAUAAAUUUUGACGACGUACAAAGCUAACCUCAUUGUUCACACAGUUGAAUUCUUGUGUUUAAGGUUCCGCCAAAGUGAAUAAAAUAUAAAAAAAUAAAACAUGUUAUUUAUUUUUUUUAUAAAUUGUUUAUUUAUUUAUUAAUCAAUGAUAAUAAAAUAAUUUAUUAAGCUACUUCAAAUGUAGCUGUAAUUAUUCACCAAAAUUUUAAAGCAAAACUUAAAUUUGACAUUCUAUUUAUUUGAUAACGUCAAAUUUUAUAAUAACCCGUGAUCGGAAUAAUAUCCAUUUGCCGUUGCGUUUAGUAAAUUUCCGACUUAUUUCGUAUGCUUUAAAUGAUGACGCACGGGUAAAGAUUCGCGGACUCAACUGUAUUUGAUGACUAAAAAAACUGUACUUCAUAUAGAGCAUUCCAACAUGCUGUCAAAAUUAAAUCAAUAUGGCGACUGGGAGGCAAACAUAAGUGUUAUUAUAUCAAUUCUUAAUGUAUUUUAGAUCAUUUUAGUUGCGUUUCGUUGUAAUUUUGUUUUGUACAAGGAUUAAUUCAACAUUUUCACUCGAAGAAUUAAUUUAAAAAGAUAAUAUGCAUCAUUUUUGUUGUGUUUUGAAGUAUGGAAUGCGAAGUAAUCAUGAUAAUGUUCAUUUCGGUUACCAUCAGUGCUACAUUUUAAGCAUAAAACAACUAAAUAAGUCAUCAUCUGAGAGACAAAAACAAUGGUUAAAUAUGCUAUAAAACGUCCUAUGAAAAUGGUAAAUAACUAACUAUGUCCAUGUUACUUACGCUUGGAAAACCGUAUCCACCGUAGGUUAACUCAGAUCCUUGAGGGAAAAUGGAGCUAUAUUAUUUAUUUUGCUUGUACCUACUAGCAACAUCUGUAUUGUCUGCCAACAAUAUUCGAAAAUAUUCACUCCUGUUUAUUUAUUCACCGCUUAAAACUAAAUAAAGUCGUUCAAGUACUUCUGCAACUAAAAACUACACAAAAUCAACAACAAAAUGUUCAGAAAAUACAACUAAAAAACUGUGUAAAAAACGGUAAAAAACUUAAGAAACAAUGUUUGACAGUUUGACUCCCAGCGGUUUCAUAAAUGUCAAAGUCUUGGAGUGUCCUAUUAGAGUAACUUUAAUGGGUAAUGUCAUUUACCAUUAUCAUCGCAUUCAAAUAAUGCUCCUAACCGUAAGAAUGAAUGCAAAAUUUAAAAUAGCAUGUGAUUAAUUCCACGGCAAGUGUGGUAAAUUAGGAAUCCGACCCAAUUAGUUUUCUCAUAUUUUUCACAUUCACUAUUAUUCCAUAGGAUUAAAAUUUGUUGAAUUUGUUUUUAAAACAACUUUGCUUUGAAGUGUGUUAGAAAAAUUCUGAGAAGUAUAUUCUAUGAAACUCUCCCGACAAACGAGGACCGCAGAUUCUUCAGAUAAUUUUAAGACAAUUCAACCCAAUUCACCUAGUCCGAAAAUGCUUCCUAAGGGAGCUAGAGCUCUUUGAAGAUGGCGUCUUGGAAUUAGUUUUUCUUAAAUCUCUCCAGAACGCUUUUAUUUAGAAAAACGAAAAGAUAAAUAGGUACGCCUAUUUAUCUUCUAGAGAUAAAUCGAUUACAUCACUUCCGAGUUUCUAGUACCGGUCAUAGGCGCCUGUUUUGGGUAGGGCAACGGUUAUUUUAUCGUAUAACUUUUUUGUCUUUAACUUUUAAGCAUUUUUGAAACCGGAUUAUUAAAUUGUGAGGUUUCUAGUACCAAAAGGUACUCUUGCUUUAAGUCGGUAGGAUGCACCGUUUUCUAGAAAAAUCCAUUUGAAAAUUUUUCGUUUGCUGAAUUUGAAAAAAAAAUUUCAAAAAAAAGCUAUUCAGAAAAACAAAAACUAGUAUGUUUAUGUAUCUUUCAGAGAUAAAUCGAUUUCCUCAGUCGAGAAAUUCUAAUACCUGUCAUAUGCGUCCGUUUUGGGUAGGUCAACGGUUAUUUUAUCGCAUAGCUUUUUUGUCUGUAAUUUUUAAUCAUUUUUGACACUUGAUGAUUAAAAAAUGAAUUAUUCUAGUACUCAAAGUUACUCUUGCUUUAAGUCGGUAAAAUACACCUUGUUUUUUGAAAAAAAAUUUCAAAUUCAGUAAACGAAAAAUUUUCAAAUCGAUUUUUCUAUAAAACACUGCAUCCUACCGACUUAAAACAAGAGUACCUGUUGGUACUAGAAUACCUCAAAAUUUAAUAAUCCAGUGUCAAAAAUGCUUAGAAAUUAAAGACAAAAAAGUUAUACGAUAAAAUAACCGUUGCCCUACCCAAAACGGACGCCUAUGACCGGUACUAGAAACUCGUAAUUGAUGUAAUCGAUUUAUCUCUAGAAGAUAAAUAGGCGUACCAGUUUUCGUUUUUAUAAAUAGAAGCGUUCUGGAGAUAUUUAAGAAAAACUAAUUCCAAGACGCCAUCUUCAAAGAGCUCUAGCUCCCUUAGGAAGCAGUUUCGGACUAGGUGAAUUGGGUUAAAUUAUCUUAAAAUUAUCUGAAAAAUCUCCUGUAUUCGUUUGUCGGGAGAGUUUCUGGACACCCUGUAUAUGUAAAAUUUCCUUCUUAGCAGAAGGAUAUUUGUAGGAUACGUAGAGGUUUGAAUUUGUUCAAAAAUUUAGCUCAAAACUCCCUUUACAAGUGUUAUCAACGCGCAUUCAGAUGCUCCCAAAGACGAAAUUACACGGUUUUACUUUUGCCUUUCAAUAUGUGUUGAAUAAUUCACUUUCCAGAUACCGUGUAAAUAGCAUUGCUUUCAUUUCUGCUCCAUUCAACAAAAGUAAUUCAAUUCGGUUGAACCGUGUAAUUGCGCCUUAACCGUAAGAAUUAAUGCAAAAAGAAAAAUUUGUCUUCUUCUCGCUUUCCUUAUGACCUAUAAGACUGUCGAAUCUUGUUGGCAUCUAUGCAUCUUUUACUCAUUUCUUCUAAGCCUCCCGGUCUUCUGCUGUUUCCUUCAUCUGUUGCAUUGUUUUCCCUCUGUUGUUUCCGAUUUUCUGGAUUUGUUUCAUCUACCAUUUUCUAGAUCCUACCUCUUCUUCUUCAUUGUAUUUGGCCUCUGUCACUUUCUUAACUAGUCUGUUCUCACCCAUUUUAAUUAUGGUUCCAUACUAGUUCAGUUUUCGUUUAUUGGCCUGUCUAGCCUUGUCUUCCCAGCUAUCUUUCUCAGUUGCUUCAUUUCUGCUGCAUUUUUUGUACUUUCGUCUUUUUUUGUAACCAGUGUUUGCAUGAUUGCGUUAUACUUUUCUCAUUAAGAAUUGUCCACAUAGUAACUGGAGAAAUCUUAGCACAAAAUACGAAGAUUUAACCUAAUACAACUAACAAUAAAAUGUGGCUCCUUAGUGAGUUUCAGCGUAUUUUAUUUAAAAAUUUAAAUACUAUUUGUACCCAGUACUUUAAAACCAUUUGACAUAUCCUGAUCAUACUUGCAGCUAGUGGAUGUACUGUAUAUCCUACUAAAUUAUAUUAAACAAACGUUUCUGGCUACUACCAGAGGCGUACGACCAUUGCGAAUGGUUGACCCUUCCCAAAUUCUACGCCACUGACGGAAUUGCUAUUUUAGUGCAAUUUUUGGAUUCUCCAAUACUUCCUAUGUAAAUAACAUACUCUUCAUUCGUAACGAUAAAUUUAUUAGUUUUCGAGAUAUUUGAAGUUAAAAAUAAAAAGGCGCAGUUAUUGUGAUUAAUGUAUUAUGCCCCUUACCAAGUUUAAGUUAUAAAUUCCAAUAAACUCAGCAAAUACGCUAAUGUCACUGUCAUUGAAAAUGAUAAACGUCAAAAUUCAUAGUUAACAGGGUAUAGACCCAUUGUUACAGUUAAAAAUCCUUUAAAAAUUUUUCGAAGUUAAAAUUAUUGAUAUAAAGUACAUUAAUUCUUGUAUUAAGAGGAAACAGUAGCGAUCAACAGGUAGCGAAAACGCGUUCCAAGAUUGCGGCUGUAAUUUUGAAUAUUUUUUCGAGAUAUUUGGCACACGUAUUCGUAAUAUAAUAAAGAAUGGCGGUACAGUGCCAAAUAUCGCGAAAAAACAUUCGAAAUUACAGCCGCAAUCUUGGAACGCGUUUUGCUACCUGUUGAUCGCUGCUGCAUCACCUUAAAUAAACAAGUUUAAGUAAUUUUAUUUGCAGUUUAUAUACGACUAAUAUCAAAAGUGGCAUGCACCACUUGAACCUAACUUCAGCCCGUGAGUAAUGCAUUAUUACUCACGGGUAAAGUAAUGGGUGUUAUUAUCUAUUCAAAAAUAGUGAAUAAUGAACAUGUUAUUAAACGGUCGUAAAGAAAUGUAUUCUUGUAACGCAUUUAAAGUACAGUUGUGCUAAAACUCAAUUUCACACUAUUUGAAUCUCCGAUUUUGAUGAAAUGAUUUAAUUUAUUUUGUUUGUGAUCAAGUUUAAGUGCAUACAUUUUCGGGUUCCUCAAUUUGUUCACUUAGGCAGGAAAUAUACUUGUUUCUAAAUGAAUAAAAGGGUUAUAUACAUGACCUAUUUAUAAGUAGUACGUAGGCAAUUAUUUUAAUGUAAAGCGUAACAUAUCAUUAAUAUAUAUUCGCCAUGUGUGUCACGUCAUACCCAUAGAGAUAAAUAUGAAUAGACAGCAUGUCUUGGUAUUUAUAUGGCCGGUUACACUGAUUUUUCUGAUGACUGACUCAAGAACUAGGUUGAAUAGCAUGGUUGAUAGAGCCUCUCCCUAUCUGACCCCCAUGUUGAUGUCAAACAGGGGGUCAGUUCUCCAUCUACUCUGACUGCUGCUUUUGAACCCUGCACCGUAAUUUUUAUGAGGCGGAUAUAUUUAUUAGGUAUACCUAGAUUAUGAAGGUCGUCCAGCAUUUUGUCUCUUUUCAAACUGUCAAAAGCUUGUUUAAAGUCUAUAUACAUAUUAUCUAGUUCUAUGUCGUAUUCAUAUGCUUUUUCUUGUAUCGCUCUUAGUAUGAAUAUAUUAUCUGUAGUGGCUCUAUUUGGUCUGAAUCCAUUUUGAUAAUCACCAAUUAUAUUUUCGGAGUAUUCUGACAAUCGAUUGUAAAAAUUAUACCAGAAAGAAUUUUGUAUAUUACAUUUAGCAAUGAAUUCUGGCAUUCUCUUAUCUCCUUUUUUUAUACAGGGUGUCCAGAAACUCUCCCGACAAACGAAGACCGGAGAUUCUUCAGAUAAUUUUAAGACAAUUUAACCCAAUUCACCUAGUCCGAAAAUGCUUCUUGAGGAAGCUAGAGCUCUUUGAAGAGUUUGGAAUUUGGAAUUAGUUUUUCUUAAGUAUCUCCAGAACACUGUUAUUUAGAAAAACGAAAACUGGUACGCUUAUUGAUGUUCUAGAGAUACAUCUAUUACAUUAAUUACGAAUUUCUAGUACAGGUCAUAGGCGCCCCUUUUGGGUAGGGCAACUGGUAUUUUAUCGCAUAACUUUUUUGUCUUUAACGUCUAAGCAUUUUUGACACUGGAUUAUUAAAUUGUGAGGUAUUCUAGUACCAAAAGGUACUCUUACUUUAAGGCGGUAGGAUGCACCGUUUUCUAGAAAAAUCGAUUUGGAAAUUUUUCGUUUAUUGAAUUUGAAAAAAAAAAAAUUUCAAAAAAAGACAGUGUAUUUUACCGUCUUAAAGCAAGAGUAGCUUUUAGUACAAGAAUACCUCAUAAUUUUAUCAUCAAGUGUCAAAGAAGGUUAAAAAUUAAAGAUAAAAAAGUUAUGCGAUAAAAUAACCGUUGACCUACCCAAAACGGACGCAUAUGACCGGUACUAGAAUUUCGCACUAAUGAAAUCGAUUUAUCUCUGGAUGAUAAAUAAACGUACCCGUUUUCGUUUUUCUAAAUAGUUUUUUUUUUAAUUUUUUUUUCUAGUUCAACAAACGAAAAAUUUUCAAGUCGAAAUUUCUAGAAAACGGUGCAUCCUACCGACUUAAAUCAAGAGUACCUUUUAGUACUACAAUACCUUACAAUUUAAUAAUCCAAUAUAAAAAAUGCUUGGAAGUUAAAGGUAAAAAAGUUAUACGAUAAAAUAACCGUUGCCCUUCCCAGAACGGGCGCCUAUGACCUGUACUAGAAAUCCGUAAUUAAUGUAAUUGAUUUAUCUCUGGUAAGAUAAAUAAGUGUACCAGUUUUUGUUUUUCUAAAUAGAUGCGUUCCGGAGAUAUUUAAGAAAAACUAAUUCCAAGACGCCAUCUUCAAAGAGAUCUAUCUCCCUUAAGAAGCAUUUUCGGACUAGGUGAAUUGGGUUAAAAUGUCUUAAAAUUAUCUGAGGAAUCUUCUGUCUUCGUUUUUCGGUAGAGUUUCUCGACACCCUGUAUAUUGGCUGUAUAAGGUCAACUGUCCAUUCCUCCGGCAUUUGCUCCUUGGUCCAUAUUAAUGUUAUUACACUUGAGUCCACGAGUCUUUACCCUUGCGUCAUUAAUACCUGGCGAGAUAAAACACAUACUUUUUAUUCUAAGAGCAUCAUUCUCUUCCACGCAUGAAAACACAUGUUAUUUUUAUGAACGAUCUAGACUAAAAAAAAGACUAUUGGGGAUGUUUUCACAUAUUUUAAGUACAAUUUCUGACGUUUUGGUUUGUUUACUUUGUAACUGUCGGUUUGUUGAAUUUUCUGCUGUUAUUUUGUCGAAUUUUUGCAUUUUGAAGUUUUUUAUAGUAUACAGUUCUUUUCACAACUAAUUUUAUAAGUUUAUGUUAUUUUACGAUUAAUUUUGACCACGUACAAACUUACCUCAUUGACGCAGUUAAGGAAUGCUUGUGUUUAAUGUUCCUCCAAAGUGAAUAAAAUAACAAAAAGAAAAUAUGUUAUUUAUUUUUUUUAUAAAUUGUUUAUUUAUUUAUUAAUCAAUGAUAAUAAAAGUAUUUAUUAAGCUACUUCAAAUGUAGCUGUAAUUAUGCACCAAAAUUUCAAAGCAAAACUUAAAUUUGACAUUCUAUUUAUUUGAUAACGUCAAAUUUUAUACUAUAACCCGUGAUCGGAGUAAUACCCACUUUCUGUCACUUGCUGUUGAGUUUAGUAAAUUUCUGACUUAUUUCUUAUCCUUAAAAACGGGUAAAGACUCGUGGACUCGUAGGUAAUGAAUUCUUCCCCAGAGUUCAGAUCCUCCAUGUUUUAGUAAUUCUGCUGAAAUUCUGUCCGCUCCUGGCAUUUUAUUGUUUUUUACUUUCUUUAUUAUUUGAACUACUUCAUAAUUCACAUUUUCAAUGUACUGUUCCGCCGUAUAAUACCGGGUGUCCACUUAUAUUUUCCCCCAUUUUAACUGCCUAUAACUUCUAAACGGCUUAAGAUAGAAAUAUGCGGUUUUCGAUGAAAUGUUUUAUUUUAGUAAAAGUUUUGUCUGAAUGGAUUGAAUUUUUUAUAUCGCUUUCAAAUACGAAAAGAAAAAUGGCGGAUUUUUGAAAAAAAGUUGUUGACUUUUUUUUAAUGGAAUACCCAGUAUAUUUUUUGUAAAUUGAAAGAAAGGUCAUUCACCUAUCCAGCGAUAUAAAGUUUUUCAAAAUCGGUUGUCAAAUCACUGAGUAAUUAAUUUUUAAAAUGAGCGGUGCAACAUAGCCAUAUCACAUAUCUAAAUAACAUAACUAAGCAAAAAAUGGUAUUAUGUUAUGUGAUUUGUAUUUGAAAGCGAUAUAAAAAAUUCAGUCCAUUCAGACAAAACUUUUACUAAAAUAAAACAUUUCAGCGAAAACCGCAUAUUUCUAUCUUGAGUCGUUUAGAAGUUAUAGGCAGUUAAAAUGGGGGAAAAUAUAAGUGGACACCCGGUAUAUUGUCUCGGUUUGAUCAUUUUCGUUUUCUGCAUUUAGGUUUUCUUCGACGUAUUCUUUCCAUCUCGUUAUAAUUGUUUGCUUCUCUGUUAGCUCCUUGUCGCUAAGUCUGCUGCGAUGUUCCUUGCUAACACUUAAGGGGAAAGGCGCAAACUGUCGCCUGUCAAAAUUUUCAAUGUGUAAUUACAAAAUGUAUUCAUUUUUUCGAAUCCUGAGAAAUCUAUUAUACGUAUUUUUGAAAAAUUUAAAACGCAGAAUGAAAGAUUACGUUAUUACCGAGGGCCGAAAAUCCCUUACAAUAAAUAAAAAGUUUCUUUUGAAUGAAGUAUUUGUAAUUAUAGGCAAAUUAAUGGUACCUGCUAAUGUUAAUGCGGUAUUUUCAGGAAUAUUAAUAUUUUUCAUAUUGCAUCAUUUGUAAACCUUGUAAAUCAUGUUUCAUCUCCUGCAUGUUUUCCAUCUUUGUUCAUAGCAUAGCUUUCAUUUUUCUUGUAUUCUCUUAGACACGUUCACAUACAGUUAUUCCAAUGGAUCUUUGCACAAACGUAAUGAUUUGCAAACAAGUUAAAUCAAAACAUUAGGUGCAACGUACGUCGGCAUGUACUGUCAAUGCAAUAAUUAGGAAAUGGGUAUUAUGGCGGUGGAGGUAUUUUUUAAAGUUAUUUUAUUAAAGUGUUUGAUCUUUUUUCACUAUUGAAGAGAUUGAUGGACUCAACAUUAAAUAGCUUGAUCAUUAUUCGCGGUGUGCAAGUACUUGGAAGAGAUACGCGAAAAUAUCGUGCGCGAAUAGCGGAGAAAAAUUGCAACUUUCUUAAAUAAUUCAUAUUGUCAAUUGAAAUUGUCAAAUUGACGUACAUUUCAUACCUAUUGUCAUUUAAGAAGAAAAAUGAUAUAUUGCUCCACAAUAUUGAUAUGAUAUGCAAUUAUUAUAUAAAGGUAAAUUUAAUUAAUUGUAUUUUGCUUGCAGUACUGCAUUUUAAUAACUAAUUUUAUUUACUACAUACAAUUAUUUACGUUUUAAUAACAUAACCUAAAUCUUAUUUUUUCUUCUUAUUAUUUUUUUUGGACUAUGGCCUUGACAAUUUUCCAGUAACCAGGACCAUAUGAUUGGCCAAUAUAAUUAAAAGUGCGAAUAAAAGUGCAGAGCGUAGAAACCAGAUGUCGCUUUUCCGAACUUGCACGGUCCCAAUACCGACUAUUACUAAUGUAAAAAUAAAUAUAAAACGGUAAUAAAUACAAAACAAAAACAAAAAGUCAAAAAAUAAUCUUGAAAAUAAACCAAUGUUUCUGUUCGACAGAACUAUAGCCAGACUCAUGUAUGUAGUAGUAGUAUAAUGACAAUUUAUUUGUAGGUUAGAAAAUAAUAUAAUUAAUUACUGUUAUAAUAAUUAAUUAUUAUAAUAUUUUCUUUAUUUUCGUUACUUGAACUUAAAAAUAAGUAAUUACCGGAAGUAAUCAAAUAAGAUAGCAACAGUUAGUUAUUCCAAAUACUACAGACUGCAAUACAUACAACUCUUGACAUUUCCCAUUAAUUUUGAGGGAGCAAAAAAAUAGCGCCAUCUAGCGGUAUGAGUAGGAUAACCAGAGCAAUCUAACCUUACAUUUAUAAAAUUGCUUUAUUAUUGUUUUUGUAUAAGUGUUUGAACUAUUUUUAUUUUAAUUUAAUUUAGCAAAAUUAGCUCGUUAUUCAAAAAUUUAUAAAAUUAAAUUUGAUUUUUUACGUCAAAUUUUACGUUGUCAAAACGUAGUUCAACUCAAGCCGACAGUGGCGAUAGUGGCAACAUGCUUUCAGAUUUCUGUGGGAAUUGGAUCAAGUACUAUUGACUGUAAUACAUACAACUCUGUACAUUUCCCAUUACAUUUGAGGAAGCAAACAAUAUAGCGCCAUCUAGUGGUGUGCGGUGAUAACCAGAGCAAUCUAACCUUACAUUUAUAAAGUUGCUUUAUUAUUGUUUUUGUAUAAGUGUUUGAACUAUUUGUAUUUAAUUUAGCAAAAUUAGCUCGUUAUUCAGAAAUUUAUAAAAUUAAAUUUGAAUGUUUACGUCAAAUUUUACAUUUUCCACUGUCGGCUUGCGGUGAAACUACGUUGUGACACCGUAAAAUUUGACGUAAACAUUCAAAUUUAAUUUUAUAAAUUUUUUAAUAACGGGCUAAUUUUGCAAAAUUAAAUUAAAAUAAAAAUAGUUCAAACACUUAUACAAAAACAAUAAUAAAGCAAUUUUAUAAAUGUAAGGUUAGAUUGCUCUGGUUAUCACCGCGGACCACUAGAUGGCGCUAUUUCUUUGCUUCCUCAAAUGCAAUGGGAAAUGUCAAGAGUGUAUGUAUUACAGUCAAUAGUAUUUGGUUGGAUGUAUUACAGUAAAUAGUAUUUGGUUAUUCUAACAAUUAUGUUUGAAAAUAAAAAUUACAAUGAAAUGUACAAAUACUAACAGUUUAAAAAAAUAAUAUGAACAACCAAAAUACAACAAAUACGUCAAUGUCACUGAAAAUGAUAAACGUCAAAAUUCUUAGUAAAUAAUGUAUUAAAGACGUAUGUAAUGUAUCGCUAUCCUUGUUUAAUUUAUUGUGGUUUCUAUGGACAAGCGGCUUAAUUUUGCGAUACUAGUUUCUGUGAGUAAAAAAGAGACCUAGUAUAAAAAGUAAUUCAGUGAACAAUUUCAUGCAUGUGCAUUCAGAAUCAUUGGAACAACUGUACGUAUAAAUGGUUUUAGUCAAAACUUAAUAUUUUCUAUAAAUAAGUCUUUAGCUACCUAAUUAAAGUUAAUGUUAGUUAUGAACUGAUAUAGCUGAAUUAAGAAUAUAUAAAUGAAGAAACUUAUGUAAUAUUUUUGACACUAGAUAUAUAGAUUAUAGAUUAUUUUUAUCGAUUGGUGUGAUAUAAAAUUCAAAUAUUGUUAUUUAAAAACUAUUCUGCUAGUUAAGCGAUUGUCGAUAAGCAAUUGUUAAUACAGGGUAAAUCUUAAAAUUAAAAGUCCCAUAGUGAAAUGAUAAAUGUUUGUAUUUUAGCUGUUUCACCGUAAUUUCAACGGAGCGUGUUGAGGCGCGCUUCACCAGUAUACUAAUUUAAACGUCCUCAAAAAGAAAUGGCCAAUAUACAGUGUGUCGCAUUUAAGAUGAAGACGCCUAUAUUUCGACUAGCAAAAUAAAUACAGAUAUGAAAUUUUGCACAGUUAUACAGGUUGAUGGUUUACAUUUUUAAGAUAGUUAACUAAAAUUUAAAUUUUAAACGCGGCCUACUGCGAAUUCACACAUUGGUUGAAUUUUCGAUAUUUUUCUUCGCAUUGGAGAUAUCUGAAAAAGUUAUUUGGAAAAGAUAAAGGCAGUUUUUGUUUUUAUUUGAUUCAGAGUUGGACCACCAUCUCCAUAUAGCCUAUUUCAGCAUCCCAUGCAUCCUCAGUGAAGCUAUGUGAUCACAAAUCUGAAAGAAAUAUCAACAAUCCUGCCUGUUAAAGGGAAACCAUCGCGAUGCAAUGAUUACACCUUUUGAGACGCAAUCCAGUGACAUCUCCCGCAAUGCGAGGAAAACAACGAAAAGCCCUAGAUACACACUUUACUACUUUUUAAACAAUUAGAAUAAUUGAAAUAAAAAUAUAAUAAACAAUAUUUUAAAUCUAAGACUUUUCGUUAAUAAACUGCUUUCUGGCUGCAUCCUGUACCUCCGGCUUUUACAAUAUAUAAGCACAAGAGACGACGAAAUUAGGAGAAAGCAAAUAGAGGACACUUUGGCCACGCAUUUGCCUUCUCUUCGUCAAGGAAAAAGGACCGAUAGACAGUUUCUAUAUACUGAAAUCUGAGUAAAGAUGAAAAAGAUAAAGGCAGUUUUUGUUUUUAUGUGAUUCAGAGUUGGACCGCCAUCUCCAUAUAGCCUAUUUCAGCAUCCCAUGCAUCCUCAGUGAAGCUAUGUGGUCACAACUCUGAAAGCAAUAUCAACAAUCCUGCCUAUUUAAGGGAAACCAUGGCGAUGCAAUGAUUACACCUUUUGAGACGCAAUCCAGCGUCAUCUCUCGCAAUGCGAGGAAAACAACGAAAAGCCCUAGAUACAAAGUUUACUACUUUUUAAACAAUUAGAAUAAUUGAAAUAAAAAUAUAAUAAACAAUAUUUUAAAUCUAAGACUUUUCGUUAAUAAACUGCUUUCUGGCUGCAUCCUGUAUCUCCGGCUUUUACAAUAUAUAAGCACAAGAGACGACGAAAUUAGGAGAAAGCAAAUAGAGUUAAAGUUCCAAAUAUCAUUAUAUCUCCACAUACCGAAUUUCAUGACAAAAUUCGCACUUUUAGUUUUUUUCGGUAUUUGUAGUCAGGAUCCUAAGGCGGAGUUGGAAGCAAUCAUUCAAUACAUGACUGCGGUCGCCGCGAGCGAUUCAUCAAUUCUGAAUCGCUCCGUGGCAGGCUUUGACUCAAUUCGUCUCGGCCUGGUCGGUUUUCGCUAAGUCAGCACUUUAGCUUAAAUCAGUGAGUCUAUUGGAUCAAUACUCCUUAGACUCCGCUUGGCUCCAACUCAAUUCGUUGAAGCCCGGUUAGCCACUAAGCAAUUUCUAGUGGUCAGUGAAUUCCUGCCAGAUCAAUUCCCCAGCUGGAACUUACUAAUUUUCUGUUACUUCGACCUCUAUCUAUCUAUCUAUUGCCCUUCAUUUGUUUAAAGUUGAACGUAGGCGCCUCCCCCUUAUUUUUCCACUCUUCUCGGUUCAGUGCUAAUCCUGUCCAUUUGGUCCCUGCGUAUCUUUUUAGAUCAUCCGACGAUAUCAUCUGUGGUCUGCCAUUUCCUCUUUUAUGGUCCCAAGGUCUCCAGUGGGUUAUCGCUUUAUUCCAUCUUCCGUCUCUUUGUCUGCUGUUGUGUCCUACAAAUUUCUAUUCGAGAGAGGCUGCAUGUUUACUUACGUCUUUCACUUUGGUUUUAUUUUAUUUCUGAUCCAUGUAUUUUUUUAUCACUUAUCUUCAUAUCUAGUAUCUGCCUUUCCAUUGCUCUUUGAGUCUUGGCCAUAUUUUCCAUAUUUUCCUUUGUGAAGGUCCAUGUCUGUGCUCCAUAUGUAAGCACUGGUAAACUGAAAGUCAAACAAUUGGGAAUGCACGUCAUAGAUUUAAUGACAUCUUAACCCACCAGUACAAACUUGACGAAAACAAAUUCAACAAAUUUUCCUCAUAUAUUAGUUUUUUGGCUACCAUUAGGUUUAGCAGGACAUUGCUGUUACCGAAUAACAAACAUAUAUAGUCCGUCCGCUAUAACUUUUCCCAUGCGGUAUGAUUCAUUUUCAAUCAAAUUAAGUCAAAACAUAAAUUGAAACGAACGUCGAUGUGUAUAUACAUUUUGUAUACUGUAUACUAUAUACUACACACAUCGGCGUACGUUUCACUUUCUGUUUUGACUUAAUUUGAUUGAAAAUUAAUCGUACCGCAUGGGAAAAGUUAUAGCGGACGGACUAUAUGUAUGUGUAUUUACCAAAACAGCUACCGGCUACACUGUUUCUCUCUUUCUUUAAGAGUGUGAAACAAGAUAACUAUCUGUAAUAUAAGUGUCAAAGUCAUGUUGUAAUAUGGAAGGUUAUGUAAAAUUUUUGUUUGUUUAUUUUUUUUCUUUUCUUUUAUGACCUUUGGGAGCUGUGUCCAUUUAGCCAGCAACAUUUCUUAGAAUGAACGCCUAACUAAACCUACCAUACAACAAAACUAUUACGACCAAUCAAGAAUAGGGAAGGGAAAGGGUUAAAAAAUAAACUGUCGUUAAAAUAAACUAAAUAAAUAAAAUACAAUUUAAAAACAAUAAUUUGACAUUUUAUUUAACCUCCAAUAUUAUGAUAGACGUCAGUUACCAUUUACAGUACAUAUCUCUAAAUAUAAUAAUGACGUCAUAUAAACUCGUCACUAAUUCUACCCAAUGAAAUUCUCGCUGUAAUAGGAAUGGUAUGUCAGGCAUGUCAAAAAAAUCUGAUUAUUCUCUAUAAUAUAUAUUUUUUAAUUUAGAAAUGGUAACAAGGAGAAAAUUACGUGCAUCCCUUAUUGUUUGACUUUUCCCAUAGGACACAUUGAUCAUAUACCUUGGUGCGGAGGUAUUGGGCAUAUUUCUGGUUUUUCAGGAUAUAGCUCAUUUUUCAAAAACCACAAAAGCAAUAUAUAGCGGUAUUCUGUACUCAUUAACGCGUUCAAUGAGUAUUUUCAUUAUUGCAAGUAGUCUGUUGUGCUGUAUCCCAUUGUGCUGUACUUCCUAUCUCCUAGGUAUUCUGCUGUAUUCAUCGGUAGUGGUGGGAACUCUGGUGGAACGGCAUGUGUUCCACCAAACUUUUCAGAUGUACUAUUGGAUUUUUUCUUUCAAAUAACUAAGCUUUAUUUUUAAACCAAGAGGAGUAAACUAAAAAUACAGGUCCACACCUAAGAAAGUCGCUAGAAAUAUCAUCAAAUACAUCUUCUUUUUUGGUUGAUAAUAUCGGCCCUUGACGGUAAUCCAUAAAUAUAAUAUUAUACUAAUACGUCGCUAGUUAUAAAAACAGACUAAAAAUUUAAAAAUUAAAGGAAUAACACAGAAAUUAAAAAAAGUCGCUGAUAUAACUUAAUUAACCUACGAAAUGCCAAUAGUGUCAAAAUUUGAUAACAGUGGAGUAAACUUGCCUGAGGUUGGACCAAUUACAAACAAGCUUUGCGGCUUGGGAAAUUUGAAUUACUCCUCUUGGUUUAAAAACAGACUAUAGUACAGUUUAGGUGUAGAGUAUAGUAAAAUUUAGAAGUUACACCUCCUAAAAACUGUAUUCCACAGUUCCAUCAAUCUUAUUUCUGAUAAAACCCAUUUUAUUGCGGACUAUGCAUGUAUUCUGUUUUUUUUUUUUCGAUUGCACACUCAUUGAAUAAAAAUUACACAUCCUAUAUUAUAAUAUACAGUGCGCUGGAAUAAGUUUCACUCAUCCCUAUUAACUUAUUUAUUUUUAGCACGUAAGCAAAACGCUCGGACAGGUCGAUUUUUAAAAUAAUCAUAGUAUAUUAUAGAACAGCGGUUCUCAAUCUGUGGUACAUGUACCACUGGUGGUACAUAUCACUAUUUGAGGUGGUACACAAAACACACAAUAAAUUAAAAUAGUAGUACUUAGUAAGUUUUGGUAAUACAAUCUAAACAUAUAGGUGGUACCAAAAAUAAUAAAAGAACUGUAGGUGGUACAUGACUCAAAAAGUUUGAGAACCGCUGUUAUAGAAUCAAUGUUUCGAACUUUACGCGAUUCCUCUUCAAGUGACAGGAAUAACUUUGAUUUUUUAAAUGGGUCAGUACAUCAUGUGACACCUCAUUUAAAAGCUUUUGAAAUACGGAUUACAAAAAUGUAUAAUACUUUAAUCCUUUUUGAGAGCGUAGGCGCAAUAUUUCGGUUGAAUUAUUUUUAAAUGCAUUCAUUUUUUUCGAGUCCUGAGAAGAAUAAUAAGUAUUUUUGAAAUAUUUAAUCGCAGAAUGAAAGAUUACAUUAUUACCGAGGGCUGAAAGUGCCUUAGAAUAAACAAGUUUCUUUUGAAUAAUAUAUUUGAAAUUAAAAAUGACACUCAAUUUUCUCUUUUUGAGAAACCAAGUUAAUAGAGGGGGGGAACACUUAUUCCAGUGCACUUUGUAUGUUACAGUUUAAGUUGACUAUCUAGUUGAAGUUGACUAUUCGUAGUUCCAGUCUACUCAAACAACUGGUUUUAGUAAAAGUUUAUUUUAAAUGUAAAAUAAAGAUUUUAUUCAACAUUUCCUAGUAAAAGUAGACGCCAACUUAAAACAGUAUACUCUUCCUAAUGCCAUUUAGUACGAGUUGAUUCUUUCACAACAUAAACACAAACAACCGAUUCUAGAAAUUAAAUGUUACUGGGUAUGUUAAAAUCAUGACAAGUAGUUGAAGCAGUCAAAACAAAGAGAUGCGCACUUAUCAAAAAAACACGUGAGAUUCUACAUUUACUGAAUCCACCCAGAAAUAGUCAACUCAAAUUAUGUAGUAAGAGUUUAUUCUCUUUUUCCCGCGAUCUACUUUCACUAACAAGAAUUAGGAAGAGUCUACUGCAUUUAGUAAAAGUUGAGUUAGAUUUUUCAAAUCAACUCUUACUGCUCGUUUUAGUUUGAGUUGACUCGAACUAGGAAUAGUCAACUCUAACUGAGAAUCAACUUGAACUGUAACAUAUACAGGGUGAGUGGGGAGGAACGCACCAAACUUUAAGACUGUAUAAUAUACUUAGUAAUAAUUAAAAAUAACUGAUAUGUGUUAAAAUUUUUCUUACAAACUGACGAUUUAUUUAUUGCUCUAAAACCGGUUGAGAUAUGAAAAUGAAAUUUGGUAGGUUUUAAGAGAUAGUUAUUGUGCAUUUUUUGACAUACGAUUAAUAAUUCUAUAUUCACCAUUGGCGCACGUACAGGUAAUGGUCUGAAAUUAUUUACAGAAAACAAAUAGUAUGCCACUGAGAUAUUUCAAAUUAAUAGUUAUUUAUGUAUUAAGGGCGUAAAGUAGGCGUUUAUGGACCGCGACGUGUAAGUAAGAGCCCGAGCCAAUAGGCGAGGGCUAUUAACACGUAAGGUCCAUAAACGCUGUUUACGCCCGAAAUACAUACAAAUUUUUAUGCACGACUGUUUUAAUUAUUUAUUAAUAAAGAUAAAAAAUUCCUUGUACGCUCGUCUUAGUGACUAUUUUUAAUGCUUCUUUUUCUUUCCACCUUUUGCGAGCAAUUUAUUAUAAAUACCAUGUCAAAAGUUGCAUGAAUUGUAUAGCUCAAUUUAUUAAAACUCAUCCUGUAUAACAAUUCACCGAAUCAUUUGUAUUGGUUAGUUAAUAAAAAAUGUCAUAUUGAAAGAAAUAUGUGUAAGAAAUAAUAAUAUGAUAGAACAGUAAUCUCUAUAGCUAGGUUCGCCUUACCCUAGCAACAAAGUAAAUAAGUCAAGAAUAGUAAGUCGCCAUUAUUUAUCGUAUUGAAAAUUUUAUAACACAUUUUUUAAGAAGUUCUUUUAUAACGGAAACUAGUGACGAUGAAACAUUUUUUGAAAUUUUUAAAGCAGCAGAAAAUGCAAAGUUAAGUUUACUACCCGCUAAAUCUAAGAAAAUAUACGAUAAGGUCUACGAUGAAUUUGUUAGUUGGUGCAAAUUGCAGAAUAUUAAAACGGUAAUUAUACAGAAAAUGUAUUUCUUGCGUAUUUUAUAUUUUACGCAGUAAAUAAAAACUUUGUGUUUCACUAACCACACCCGCCAUCUAACAUUACCGUCCGGCGGGCGAUAAAGAAGCCCACGGGCGCUAAAGUGGCACUUUACGCCCGCCAAAUGUAUACAUAAUAUGGACUUUACCGCCCGGUCGUGGAUAAAAAUUAUUUUUGAAUUCUCUGUUCAAUUUCUGACAAACAAUCAGUCUUCCCGUUUGUUCAUAUGACGCUUCGUUUUCAUGCAAAAAAUAAAAUAUCUUAACGCUUACAAAGUAUUCGAAUAAUUCGUAUAGAAACAUCGUCGAAAACUUAAGCGUUAAGAUGUUUUAUUUUUUGCAUGAAAACGAAGCGUCUCACGAAAAAAAGGGAAGGCAGAUUUUUUGUCACAAAUUGAACAAGGAAUUCAAGAACGAUUUUUAAUUUGAAAUAUAUCAGUGGCAUACCAUUUUUAUCUUUAAAAAAUUUCAGACUAUUAACCGUACGCGCGCCAAUGGUGAAUAUGAAAUUCUUAAUUGUAUGUCAAAAAAUGCGCAAUAACUACGUCCUGAAACCCACCAAAUUUCAUUUGCACAGCUCAAGCGGUUUUAGAGCAAUAAAUAAAUCGUCAUUUUAUAAGAAAAAUUUUAACACCCCGUAUCUCGGAAACAAAUAAAAAUCGAAUAACAACAUAUUAUGAGUUAUUUUUAAUUAUUAUUACGUAUUUUACAGUCGUAAAGUUUGACGCGUUCCUCCCCACUCACCCUGUAUAUAUUGAGUAUUAUUAUAUUCCAGUACGAUAUUUAUUAAAACAUUAUACUAAGGUUAAUAUGUUUUCUAUGAUACGUUUUGGUGAAAUAUGAAAUAUUUAAUAAUUUUUAGCGUUUUAAGAUGCGUUCUUAUCAAAUCAAAAAUUAUUUUGGACCACCAUCUUAAGAACACGUGUCAUUCUAAAACGUAUCCGAGGACAUAUAUUUUUUAUAUUCUGUGAUGUAUUCCAUUAUAUAGAUAAUUGUAAUAUUGAAAUUAUAUAUUUGACACAAGUAUAUUUUUUAUUUACAAAUAUAUACCUAAUUUCAU